UUUAUUUUAUUUUAAUUUUCAGCAAGUUUGUCAAAGAUGAAAGUGACCUUAUCAGCUUUGGAUACUUCUGAAAGCCUUUUCACGCCUUUGGUAGUCAUAGAACUUGCUCAGAAUGUCAAAGAUGAAACCAAAGAAUGGCUGAAAACCAGAAUUAUCGCUAAAAAGAAAGAUGGAGGUGCCCAGCUGUUGUUUAGACCAUUGUUAAAUAAAUAUGAGAAAGAAACACUGGAAAAUCAGAACUUAUAUCUUGUUGGUGCCUCCAAUAUUAGAUUGUUACUGGGGGCAGAAGCAGUGGGAUUGGUGAAAGAGUGCAAUGAUAACACCAUGAGAGCCUUCACGUACGGAACCCGACAUAACUUCAAAGGUUUUGAUGAUAACAAUGAUGAUUUCCUCACAAUGGCAGAAUGUCAAUUCAUUAUCAAACAUGAGCUCGAAAACCUUAGAGCCAGAGAUGAAAAAAUGAUCCCUGGUUACCCCCAGGCAAAGCUGUAUCCAGGAAAAUCAUUAUUGAGAAGAUUGCUUACGUCUGGCAUCGUGAUUCAGGUGUUUCCGCUACACGAUAAUGAAGCCCUGAAGAAGCUUGAGGACACGUGGUAUACUCGGUUUACCUUCAAGUUCCAGCCCGUAGACACUAUCCGUGGCUACUUUGGGGACACAAUCGCUCUCUACUUUGGGUUUUUGGAAUAUUUUACCUUUGCCUUAAUCCCCAUGGCGGUCAUUGGGCUGCCUUACUACUUGUUUGUGUGGGAAGACUAUGACAAGUACGUGAUUUUCGCCUCGUUCAACCUGAUCUGGUCCACGGUGAUCCUGGAAGUGUGGAAGCGCGGCUGCGCCAACAUGACCUACAGGUGGGGCACCCUGGUCAUGAAGAGACAGUUUGAGGAGCCCCGGCCCGGAUACCAUGGGGUCCUGGGGAUCAAUGCUGUCACCGGCAGGGAGGAGCCUCUGUACCCCAGCUACAAGAGGCAGCUGCGCAUCUACCUGGUCUCUCUGCCGUUUGUGUGCCUGUGCCUCUACUUCUCUCUGUAUGUCAUGAUGAUUUACUUCGACCUGGAGGCCUGGGCCUUGGCUCUGCACGAGGACAGCGGGUCCGAGUGGACCAGCGUCUUGUUGUAUGUACCCAGCAUCAUCUAUGCCAUCGUGAUCGAGAUCAUGAACCGCCUCUAUCGAUACGCUGCCGAGUUUCUAACUUCAUGGGAGAAUCACAGAUUGGAAUCUGCCUACCAGAAUCAUCUAAUUUUGAAAGUUUUAGUGUUCAACUUCCUGAAUUGCUUCGCCUCUCUCUUCUACAUAGCCUUUGUCCUGAAGGACAUGAAGCUUUUGCGGCAGAGCCUGGCCACUCUCCUGAUUACCUCCCAGAUCCUUAACCAGAUUGUGGAAUCGCUCCUUCCUUAUUGGCUCCAAAGGAAGCACCACGUGCAGGUGAAGAAGAAGGUGCAGGCUUUAAAGGCGGACAUUGAUGCUACAUUAUAUGAACAGGUCGUCCUGGAAAAAGAAAUGGGAACCUAUUUGGUCCUGGGUCCGUGA